GAAACCUCUGCACGAUGAGAGUCCUCACGGUGUGGGGUCUCGUGGCGCCGCUCCUGCUGAUCGGCGCCCUCGCCUCACCUUUGCGUCCGUUGGAGGAACAAACCGAAUAUGUCGUCACCGAAGCGACCACGACGGAAGAGGCGCCAACAACCACGACGGACACCACCCCUGAACCGAGUGUGAAAAAGGAGCUGCCGCAAAUUGUGGUGCGAAUGAGUCCCGACUCGUCCGAGAUCAAGCAAAUCCUCGGCAGGGCAAAGAAGUCAAACCAAAAUUGCGUAAUGGUUCAACCAAACCCUUACGAGCCGCCCUACCAAGAAUGCUAUCCCACGGACGACUCGCACCAAUACACGCCUGGACACGACAACGACGUGCACAGCCUGACGGAAGCGGCCAUCAGCUCUUCAAUGGGUGGCGCGUCGUACUCGUACAACGCUCCUCCUCCACCGCCGCACAUGCAUUACCUCCCUCAAGCUCCGCCACCUCACCCCCAUGACGUCAUUUACCAGGGUCCACCCCCAGGCCACCCGAUUUUCAACCACCCUCCACCUAUUGGAAAUCACGGAAGUUCCGCCUCGCACCCUAUUCCUCCACCACCCCCUCCUGGACACGAGUACCACCCCUCACCCCCGCAUGUUGAACAUCCCCCUCCUCAGCAUGGAGAUCAUCACGAUGACCAUCACCAGCAAGAAUCGCACAAAGGUCGAGCCAACGAGGACAACUCGACGGUCAGCAAGACCAACACGACGGGGAGGGCAAACAGCUACAGUGGUUACACAGUUCAAUCGCAGAGUCACUACCCCCUGAAUGUGGGCAGCCUGUACGUCAGUGGAAACCAAGGAGGAUCGUCUUACAGCAGUGGAGGUUCAGGGUACAGCAGCAGCAAUCACUUUGGACCGAUUCCUCUGCAAAUCUACGGCUCCCUCCUUGCCUUGCCAGUGGAAGGAAGUAACGCAGGUUACGGACCGUCUGGUGGAAAAAAGCCUGAAAUCUAUUCCUCAAGCAAGCAAGGUUCCUACAGUGGUUCUUCGUCUUCAGCAGCCAAACCAAGUUACUCAGGAGGAUCUUCAUCAGGUGGAAGCAGUUAUGCACAGAAGGGAAGUUCAUCAGGAGGAGGAGGGUCCUAUCAGGGUUCAUCAGGUUACCAGGGCGGAAAUAAAGGGGGAUACUCUUCAGGGGGUUCUAGUGGAGGGGGUUAUGGGGGGUCAGGGAGUCAUGGAGGGGGAGGUUAUGGUGGGCAAGCCCAAGGAGGCUACGGGGGACCAGGGGGCUAUGGAGGCCAAGGGGGUUAUAGUGGAGGGCAAGGAAAUUAUGGGGGUCAAGGUAGCUACGGAGGGCAAGGAAAUUAUGGGGGUCAAGGAGGUUAUGGAGGUCAAGGUAGCUACGGAGGGCAAGGAAAUUAUGGGGGUCAAGGAGGUUACGGAGGUCAAGGUGGCUACGGAGGGCAAGGAAAUUAUGGGGGUCAAGGGGGCUACGGAGCACCAGGCAAUUAUGGAGGACAAGGAAGUUAUGGAGGAAAAGGAGGCUAUGGCGGACAAGGAGGCCAAAGUGAAAACAAAGGUCAGGGCGGAUCCGGAGGAAUGGAUUUGUCCUCCAGUGGUGUAAACUACGCCUACAAACCUUCCUCGUAUGGUGCUGCAUCGAUGAUGGCCUACUCUGGACCAAAAGGGGGCGCAAGUUACGAAGGCCAAGGUGGGUACGGUCAAGGCCCAUCAAACUAUGGCGCUUCAGGAUACGGCGCUGCUGGCCCCUCUAGCUAUGGUGGCUCUUAUGGCAGUUCUUACAGUAGUUAUUCAGGUUCUGGAUCUCCUGGCUAUAGCCCUACCGAGUUAGGAUACGGAGGACCUUCAGGCCCGAGUAACGGUGGGGGUGGUUACGGCUACGGAAUGGGUCACAACCCCAUGCAGGGGUACAACACGCCCAGCUACCACCCUCAAUCUGGCUACUCACAAUCCAGCUACUCCAAACCCGUGCCCAUCAAGGUGCAGUGUCAGGUGGCACCUAGUUACGAAGGUGGCUCUUCGUACAGUAGCAGUGGCUCGUACAGAGCCGCCGAGGGUGAAUCUGAAACUUCGUCAACGACGACGACGCCAAGCCCAAGUUCAUCGUCUACCACCAAGAAACCGGAAAGCGAUGAGUCCAAGAGCUCUGAGGAGAACUCCAAGGAAACUAAAGGCACCUCGGUGGCGCCAACAUCCCCAAGCACGACGUCAACCACUACUCCACAACCUCAGGCCAGGUCGGCGGACAGUCCACCUGCACCCUAUGAGAACUUUGGGAACUCGCAGUACGUGAGACCGGUUCCGCAAAACAGGCAGUACAUGCCUCCGCCUCUCAGAUUUGGCCCUAGCCAUUAUUAAUAAAUAUUUGGCAUCAUCUCGUUUUGUAAAUUUUAUAUUAUUCGUUUUAAUUUUUGUAAUUUUAAUAAAAAAAUUAUUAAAACGAA